CUAAAAACACAUCAAACGACGACUAGUGUUAGUUAAAUUGGGAAAUGGGGGGUUGAGCUACACCUAUCAGAAAUUUAUAAAUCUUGAAGGAACAAAAAAAAUGAAAAAUAAAAUAAAACCUAGAACACAAACUCCAUUGCCCAUUGAUCAAGCUGUUCUUGACUAUCUGGAUGAUAAUCAGGGACCAUGAAACCUUUUGAUAAGACCCGAAAAUGCAAUUCCUUCCCAAUGUUAACCAUGGUAGCUUUUCCAACUCUACUUUUUGGAUUCUUUUGUUACAAUCAGUACGUGAAAACCAUCCCAUUUCCAGAUUUCAAUCACCAACAACCCUUCCAGGAAUCUUCAAAUUCAACCAAUUUUAAACUUCAAGAAACAAACAAAGAUGACGAUGAUGGAAACGUAAGGGUUGUUUUGCCAUUAGAAGAGUGUGAUAUCUUCACAGGAGAAUGGGUUUUCGAUCAUGGAUCAUCACGCCCUUUAUACAAAGAAGACUGCGAGUUCCUUAAUACAAUGGUGACUUGCUUGAAGAACGGAAGGCCUGAUUCUUUAUACCAGAAAUGGAGAUGGCAGCCCAAAGCUUGCUCUUUGCCCAAGUUUGAGGCAAAAAUAUUGCUGGAGAAACUUAGAGGAAAGAGGCUUAUGUUUGUUGGGGACUCCAUAAACUUUAACCAGAUGCUAUCUAUGGCUUGUAUGGUUCAAUCUGUCAUCCCACCAGAGAAGAGGAGCUUAAGUUAUGCAAACUAUACCAUUGUCUUUAAAAUGGAGGAUUAUAAUGCUACAAUGGAGUUUUACUGGGCACCGUUUUUGGUUGAAUCCAAUGUAGACCCUCCGACAAUGAGGGAUGGCACAGUGGAGCCUAUAGUCAAGCUUGAAUCAAUCUCAAAACAUGGAGAUAACUGGAAAAAUGUGGAUUAUUUCAUCUUUAAUACAUACAUUUGGUGGAGGUACCCCACCGUGAAAGUACUACGAGGAUCUUUCGAGGAUGGGGUGGCAGAUUAUGUCGACAUUGAUCAGAAUGUAGCAUAUGAGAGUGCUUUGAAAUCAUGGGCCAAAUGGAUGGAAGAAAACGUUGAUCCUAAUCAAACUAAAGUGUUCUUCAGCAGUGUGGCUCCUUCACAUAUGAUCAGGAGCUCUGCCUGGAAUAACACCAAUGGGAUUAUGUGUUUGAACGAGACAACUCCGAUUGUGAACACAUCGACGUUCGAUGUGGGCACAAAUCAGCAGCUUUCCGCAAUUUUAGAAAAUGUCGUACGUUCCAUGAAAAUACCCCUUCAAUUCCUCAACAUAACGAGGCUAUCCGAAUACCGAAAAGAUGCACAUACAUCGAUUUAUGCAGCUCCCGGUGGUAAGUUGCUGACCCAAGAACAAAAAGCUGAUCCAGCAAGAUAUGCGGAUUGUGUGCAUUGGUGUCUGCCUGGAUUGCCUGAUACAUGGAAUGAGUUGUUAUAUACGCUUAUCAUAUUCCAGACUUGACUAUGAUUUCAUAAUUGAUUUAUUCCUAAAGAUGAAUGUAUGAUUUUUUUUAUCUGCGAAAUGAUAUAGAAUACAAGAACUCCUUUUCAUAUAUCA